CUUCGAAGCGUGUGUCCUGUCCUGUCCUGCAGGAGCCGCUGCCAUGACAGCCAGCUGUUUGAAUGGUGGCCAUGGCAACGUCCAAUCCUGCCACAACACUGGCAAUGACAAUGACUCCUGCGCUCAGUCGAGAGAGUAAGUCCACGGCAAUCAUGUCGCUGUUCAAUGUGUGCAGCUGGUGGUCUGCCCAGUGCGCCGAUGCCGGAGAGCAAUACGACGUGGCCAGCCUGCUGUGCGCCCGCUUUGGCCUGGAGGCCCAGGAGAAGGACUACAUCAUAGUGGGCUCCCAGACGGGGCAGCUGAGCAUCUACUACCCGCACAGGCGGGGCUACGAUGCCACCGACCUGCUGCUGGAGACGCAGAUGGCGUCCCCAAUCCUUGGCCUGUAUGCUGGAAAGUUCAGCGGGAAUGUGCGAAACGAGAACACCAACCAGCUGGGCGUGCUCCUGCCCAACGCCAUUGCCAUCUACAAUGUCCAGGCCAUCGGUGGACUGGCGGAGCACGGCGCACAGCUGCGGCUGCAGCUGCAGGCGGAGCACAAGUUCCCGCGGGUGGCCUUUGGCCUGUGCCAGGGCCACUUUGGGCAGGUGAAGGGACGCGAGUUCUUUUGCGUGGUGCACCUGGAUGGCACCUUGACCUUCUACGAACAGGAUGGCAUCUCGUACGAGUGCCGCUUCCCCGGCCACCGCGCCCUGCCGGCUCCCGUGGCCUAUUGCGAGCGCACCGACAGCUUCUUCCGGUUCAGUGCCACCUGGCACCUGCAGUGCUUCAGCUACCAGGAUCUGUCCCACUCGCUGGUCACCAAGAGCAGCUACCAGCCCACCUGGACGCAGGGCGUGGGCGAGGGCAUUGUCGACAUGCGAGUGGUCCAAGUAAAGGACAACUGCUCCUACAUCAUGAUCCUCGGCGAGCGGAACUUCAUCGCCCUGGACGACAAUGGCAAGUUCAUCUUUAUGCUGAAGCUGGACUACGCGCCAAAGUGUUUCCACAGCUUCGUCGUGGGCUAUUACUGGGAGCCAGGCGCCCGCCUCAUCACUGCCAUCGUUUCGGACUCUUCAAAGCUGCACGUCUACGAGGAGGCGAACAUCAUUUGGGCAGCCCAGUGGCCGAACCAGUCGCCCGCUCCGGUGGCCAUUCAACGCUCCAACAUGCAGGGCCUGGCCGGGGGCAUUGUGACGCUCGGGGCCAAGGGGCAGCUGGAGGUGGGCUACCUGGGUGCCGAGCCCUUCACGUUCCAGGUGCAGCCGCUGAACAUUGAGGAGCUGAGCUUUGCCCAGGCGCACAAGGAGCUGCAGCAGCUGGAGGACGAGAUAAAGGAGGCGGUGGACGUGCGCGACAUGGACGCCCUCAACCAGCAGGCGGCGGAUCAGGUGCGACUCAGCUUCAGCAUCCAGGCGGAGGUCUCCGACGAUCUGGACACCCUCCUGCUGGACGUGCCCGCCGACGUGGCCGUCAAGGAGCUGCCCUCGGCCAAGGGACUGCUGCGGUUCAAGGUCAAGGCGGAUCUGGCCGAGCUGCAGCUGGUUUUCCACACCCCCAGCGGCGUUCGCUGCAGCCAGGACACCAUGAGCUUUGUGGACGUGUCCGCUGGCACCAGCCAGGAGCUGAAGCUGGACUUCUACAUCGCCGAACUGCUGCACAUCCACAGCACCAAGGUGGAGGUGGUCGCCUCCUUUGUGACGCCCAGGGGCAUUCCCCGAGUCAUUCAGCAGAGCGCCCACCUGCCCCUGGCCAUGUUCUAUCGCGUGUGUCAGCCGCAGAAGGCGGCAGGCAUCAAGCUGACGUACAGCAUCACCAGCAGACACGUCGUCCCCAAGCUGGGCACCUUCUUUGGCGAGUUCCUCGAGGGACAGGCAGACGCCGCCCCCCACGCACUGGGCCUCCAGCUGCUGUGCCCCGGGCUGGACAAGCAGUCGGAGCUCAUCACUGUGGUGGCGGCCAAGAACUCGAACCGCAUCCGCAUUCAGUCCGACUGCGUGGAGACCUUCGCCAUGAUCCUGGAGCGCAUUGUGGGGACGACGCUGCAGCUGGACAGCUCCGCUGGCCUCAUCAAAAUGCACAAGAAGAAGCCCAAGCGCGGGGUGCUCAACCGCUGCGUGGAGCGCCUGAUGGCCGCUCCCUUCCUGCCCGUCCAGCCCAUCCUCCACCGCGUCGAUGUGCACCACGAGACGCAGCAGAACAUCCGCAAGCAGACGGAGCAACUGGAGGACCUCUGGCUGCAGUUCAAGGCCCUCCAGCGGCAGCUGCAGGAGCAGCAGGAGCAGGAGCCCAAGGAGGCCAUCACCAUGCAAAUCGAGACGAACUACGACCAGCUGAUACUCGAGGGCGACAAGCUCGUGGAGAUACGGCGGGACGAGCGCAGGCAGCGCUGUGACCUAAACUGCGCCGUGGCGCUUGCCAAAUGGAUUAUUCAGGCCCUGAACCUGGAGGAGCGCGUUGUCAACGUUGUCGGCUCUGUGCUGAGCAUUCCCAUCGAGGACUGGACCGAGCUGAGUUGGGAAGAAUCGAUGGCGCCCGGCAUUGACAUGCUGCACCACUUUGGGCCUCUGACCCGCUCGAAGUCGACUUCGACGCACGGUCUGCUGGAUGCCACCGAUAGCUCCAAGGAGAGCUUCGACUAUGGACGCUUCAGGCGGCACUUUGCCACGCUCUUUGACCGGAUCGUGCGUCUGGCCUCGUCUCCGCAGCCGGCAGCCAGUGGCGCCGUUGCAGAGCAGCCCGUGGCAGUGGGAGAGCAGCAAGGGCAGGCCAAGCAAGUGGAUGAGAUUGGCAACAUGCAGCGCAUGCUGGGGGACCAGGGAAUGCCACUGGCAGCAGCCAAGCGCAAGUCCAACAUGAGCAGCUCCCUGGAGGCCGUGGAGGACGAUGAGGAGUACGACGAGGAGGAUCUACGCGAGGACGUGGGCUACCGCAAGGAGUAUGGCACUGGCACUACGACAGGGACUGGGACUGGGACUGGAGCACAGAAGAAAACCUCCGCCCAGCCACGCUCCGAGUGGGUCAACGAGGACUUUGAGCUCCCUACCACCGAGGAGCUGUUCAGCGAUCUAGGCAUCUGGUGGUAGGGCCCCAUGCCAGUGCCAUUCCCAUUCCCAUUCCCAUUCCCUUAUCCAUUCCUGGUGUCCAAUAAAUGCAAGAGCUGUCCCA